GAACACCACCCACCCAACUCCCCAAUUUUUUUUGGUAAAAACAUUUUAUUUUUCUAAAACAACUCAUUUUUUCUUCAUUUUCAUCAUCAUCAUCUCCUUCUUCUUCUGAUCUCUCUUUGAAUCCCUCAGACCGGAAACACAGCAUUUACUCUGAAAGAAAAAAAACAUUUAAUAGAAAUAGUGGGUAUUUAAGAAUGGAGGGACUGCCCCCUGGUUAUCGCCCCAACGUUGGUGUUUGUAUAGUCAACUCUGAUAAUCAGGUUUUUGUAGCUUCCAGAUUGAAUGUCCCGGGAGCCUGGCAGAUGCCUCAGGGUGGUAUCGAAGAUGGCGAGGAACCAAAAUCUGCAGCUAUCAGGGAAUUACGAGAAGAAACUGGAGUAGGAUCUGCUCAAAUCAUUUCCGAGGUUCCUAAUUGGUUGACAUAUGAUUUCCCUCCUGCUGUGAAGGCUAAAGUGAACAGACUCUGGGGAGGUGAAUGGCAUGGGCAGGCACAGAAUGGUUUAUCGGGGACACUUGACACGUUUCUUAUGAGAUUAACAAAAGAUGAGAGCGAGAUCAACUUAGCAACCGGCGAGGCAGACCUAGAAUUCGCAGAGUGGAAAUGGACAACCCCUGGAGAAGUGGUUGAGCAGGCUGUGGACUAUAAAAGGCCGACGUACGAAGAAGUUAUGAAGACCUUCGGGCCUUACUUAAGGGACAAUAGCGAAGCCGCUAAAUGUAAAUCAACAAAAUGGUGAAAUGCUGUGCGGUUGUUCCUUGUUUGUAGGUGUUUCUCUCUUGAAUCCAUCUUUGAUCUCUCUGUAAAUGUAUAUGACAGAACUUUUAUGAAGUUUAGAUUGUUGUUUCAUUGGUAAUAACAUGUUUGUGCAAAAAUAUAUGAUUUCCA